GGUCUGAUCGUUUUUGGCUGGUUGAACAACAAAGUGCCCCUCCGGGAUUUGGAUGAGCGAACUGUUUAUUACUCAAAGGUGAAUGUAUCGUCGUAUUCAAGGACCCUAUUGAAGACUGUGCGAAGAUGAUACUGGUGCGUGAUACGGGUGUUUGGAUGACGUGGCGUGUUAAAAUGAUGCCCAUCAUCGGCUGCUUUUCAAGAGGAGACAACAACUGCUGGAUUAAGUUAGCAAUAACCCAACUAUAGUUUUUUUUUUUUAUAGUACUUUUAAGUGAACGUUUUUGUAAUCCAAACAUUAAACCUUUGAGGAAUUUCUCAAGAAUCUGAUAUUCAUAAAGAUAUAAGACAUGUUCAGAAAAAAGGAUCCAGAAAAAUGUGUCCUGGUGUCCGGCUUGAAGAGCUCAUACAAUAGUCUGGGAAGCGAGCCAAACCAGGAGGCAUUACAGAUAGACUUAGCUGGUGGCAUCAAACAUUGCCAUGACAACAGCCGGGCACAGGAGGACCGUGACCGAGAGAAGAAAGUGGCCAGGAGGAGAUUGUAUGUGGUCACCGUCAUCUGCCUGAUUUUCAUGACUGGUGAAAUCCUUGGGGGGUAUUAUGCGGGCAGUCUUGCUGUGAUGACAGAUGCUGCCCACCUCCUUGCCGACUUAAUCAGCUUCCUCAUCAGCCUGCUGUCCCUCUGGCUGUCCUCCAGACCCGCCACACACAAGCUCAGCUUUGGCUGGCAUCGUGCAGAGAUUCUGGGUGCCCUGCUGUCAGUUUUCACUAUCUGGCUGGUAACGGGUGUACUGGUUUACCUGGCUGUGGAGCGCCUCAUCAACAAUGACUUCACCAUCGAGGGCACUAUCAUGCUCAUUACCUCCGGUUGUGCUGUGUUGGCUAAUAUUGUCAUGGCCCUGGUGCUCCACCAGUCUGGACAUGGACACAGCCACGGGGGUCUCAGCUCCCACGGACACGGCCACAGCCACAACACAGGAAAGAGAGACCAUCAUGUCUCAAACCACUCACACCACAAUGAUAACCAUACUGACCUCGAGCAGAGCACAGGCGGUAAUGGACGGAGGGCUCAGCAGGACAAUGCCAGCGUGCGAGCGGCCUUUGUCCACGUGUUGGGAGAUCUCCUCCAGAGCAUCAGCGUGUUCGUCAGCGCCAUCAUUAUCUUCUUUAAGCCUGAAUAUAAGAUAGCUGACCCCAUCUGCACCUUCCUGUUCUCCAUAUUUGUCCUGUGCACCACCUUCACCAUCUUGAGGGAUAUUCUUCUGGUCCUGAUGGAAGGCACUCCCGGAGGUGUGAAGUACGGUGAGGUGCGGGAGGAUCUGCUAGCCGUAAAAGGGGUGACGGCGGUCCACAACCUACACACCUGGGCCCUCACCAUGAACCAGGCCUUACUGAGUGCUCACGUAGCCAUAGAUGAGACCGUGGAUGCUCAGACUGUCCUGAGAGAAAUGACACAGGCUUGUUACUCUAACUAUAACUUCCACUCUGUUACAAUUCAAAUGGAGAGACAGGCUGACCUUAAGCCAGACUGUGGCCUGUGUGUGGAGCCCAAGAAGUAGUAACCUGCUGCAAAAAAUGUUGUGAUGAUAAAAAACCUUUAGAUCUGCACUCUUCAUUGGACCCUGAGUCAUGGGACUGUGGCUCUAGUGCCUUUGUGAUUACAUUCCCAAACAACUGUUUUAUAGCAUGUGCCUGAAGGAAAAGCAAGCUAAUGAUUUAAAUUAUUUUAGAAGGAACAUUCCCUUUCACAUGUUGCCCCAUUUAUGAAGUUUUAACUUGUCUUUAUAUCCCUGUGUUGUCUUUGCUUUUAAGUGUAUUCAUUUCAAUAUAAAUCUGUUUAUCCUUAAAAAAGGAUAGCUGCUUUAUGAUUGAGAAACUAUCCAUUUAUACUUCUACUUACUGUCCUGAAUGCACAUUUUUAAAUAGUUUGUUUACUUGUGAACCAGUCAGAACCGAGGCACCCUUUAUUUCAGCAUCAACUUACUUUAUUGAUAUAGGACAUUGCAAACAGUCAGGUGUCAAUACAUAUUGAUAUGCAUUGACUUUCACACCAGCAAUCUCAAGUAUUGUAUGUGGAGAGAAUCAAUUGUAUUUUCAAAAAUGUGUUUCCACUGCCUUUUUUCAGUUGUAAGGAAUAAUAAAUGAUUAAAUGAAAGUA